AUGCCCAGCCGAAAACACCUGAAUAAGGUCGUGUUACCUGCUUUAUAUAAUGAGUGCCGCGCCAAAGUGGAGGAGGAGAUACACAAGGGGAUGUUCUACGCUUCAACAACAGAUAUGUGGUCGAGCCGAACGACACAUCCAUAUAUGAGCCUGACAAUACAUUUCAUCGACCAAGCUUGGAACCUCCGCAGUCGGUGUUUACAGACAAGUUAUUUUCCAGAAGACCACACUGGACAAGAGAUAGCCAGAGGUCUCAGUGAAGCUCUUGAGUCGUGGGGACUGAAUCAGGAUCGCCUCGUAUGUGUCACCACAGACAACGCCAGCAACAACAUCCUUGCCCUUGAGCUGAUGAAUGAAACGACACGCCUGCAGUGCUUUGGCCACCGUCUUCAUCUAGCCAUUGGGAGGGGUGUGAAAGUACACCAGGUGGAACGAGCAGUCGGCGUCUGCAAGAAGAUUGUGGCUGCCUUCUCCAAUUCAUGGAAAAGAAGACGGGAGCUUGCCAAAGCUCAAGCAGAGCAAAAUCCACCCUUGCCCAGUCAUCAGCUUAUCACAGAAACCCCUACAAGGUGGGGCUCUAUGCAAGCGAUGGUUGAAAGGGUGAUUGAGCAGGAGAAAGCUCUCUCACAGGUCCUCCGUGCCGACAAAAAAACACGUCACCUGGUCCUAACCUGGCAGGACAUGGACGUUCUGGAGUCCAUGAACAAGGCACUGAGUCCUCUCAAGGAGUUUACAGAUGCCUUGUCUGGGGAGCUCUACCCAAGUGUUUCCUACUUGAAACCCGUCCUCCAUCUGUUCAACAACCAGAUACUCAAGCAUCAGGAUGGCGACACUGAGCUCACCACGACCAUCAAAGAGGGCAUACUAAAAUACCUAAAUGAGAAGUAUGAUGACGAGAAAACCCAGGAGCUGCUUGACAUGGCUUCUCUUGUCGACCCUCGGUUCAAAACCACAUACAUCAAACAAGAGAGGGUGGACUACAUCAAGACAAGAGCGGCUGCAGAGCUGCAGAAGCUGGUGGCCGAACAAGCAGAGCAGGAGGCAGCCCCCCUUCCAUCAGCUGCAACUGCCAGAGAUCAGGAUGAGCCAGAGGAGGUUCCUGCUAAGAAGAAAAAGAAGAGUUUGAGCAGCUACUUUAAAACAGCAGCAAAGCCAAGCCAAGCGGCCCCUCAUUCAAGCAGAGAAUCCAUUGAAAAUGAGCUCAACCUCUAUCUCCUACUGGACGCUGGUCCAGACACAGAUCCACUGGAAUGGUGGAAGAAGAAUGAGGGACAUUUUCCCCAUGUGGCCAAGCUAGCGAGGAAAUAUCUGUGCAUCCCUGCCACAAGUUCCCCAUCAGAGCGGGCUUUCAGUGCAAGUGGGAACAUUGUGUCAUGCCAGAGGUCAGCACUGAAACCAGCAAGAGUUGACCAGCUUGUAUUCCUAGCACUCAACCUGUAG